AUGUGGCACCUUGUUGGGCAAUACAGCAUUGGCUCCUCCACCCAGGAAAAUAUCAAGAGUUACAGCAAUGGAGACGAGAUGGAGAUGAACCACACCAAGUACCAGCUACACAUGCAGGAGGUGACAAUGCUUUUGCAGACUCUUCUAAUCCAAUGCAUGAUAUGCAUGAUGCCUGGGGUUGGCAUGCAAUUCAAGCCAGUUUGCAACGUGUAUAUCAUGACAAUGGUCAACUUCAUGUCUUGGAUGAUGAUGUUCAUAACCUCCAACAAUGCUUUGUCUCACUGCCUUGUGGACUCAUAUGGAAAAUCAAUGUUGACUGACAUCAAAGGCUCUCAUAAGUAUCUGUACAUCAGGUUCCAGGCCAUCAAACGAGGCAAUCACUCCAUGGGGGCACUCUACAUGACUUGCUCCAAUAAUCCUCAUGGUGUUUGCUACCUUACUGAAGAGACUUUUCUGAUCAUGGUCCUCCCUGGACCAAAUGAACCGAACCUGGAGCAGCUCAAUAAGAUUGUGGCAAAGUUCAUGUCCGAUAUGAUUGAACUUUAUGGUGGACAAGAGUUUCGAAUAUAUGGACAUAAGGAUAAGCACCCCAUUCACUCAGCUCUCAACAGCGAGGUCUCCAAUCUUCCAGCAAGUUGUAAAAUUGAAGGUCUUGCCUCAUUUUCAUCAAAGUUGUUUAUGUGUCCACAAUGCAAAACACCUUCGUAUUAUCUUGCAGACCCACGUGGUUUCAAUCCAACAGCUGUCAACUCAGUCGUGGAGUUCAUGCACUGUGUAUAUCUCUGUAUGGUUAGGCAUGUGACGAAGGUCAUCAUCCUUCAGUCUGGCAUGCUCAAUCCCAUUCCUCGAGAAGACUGGUAUCCUCUGGAAUGA